AUGUGCUACGUGGGGAAGGCCACCAAGAUCUUCUUCUUCCUAACUGGCUUCCUGCUUCUCCUCGGCCUUGUCGUCGGCUUCGGCCUCUCCCGCCAUGGCUGGGCCCACAAGGCCGCUUCCGCCGCCAAGCCCUGCCAGUACUCUGCCGCUGGCGGCGGCUCAUGCAGCUCUAUCUUCCCCGACCCAAUACCCGCCGACGCCGCCGCCGCCGCCCCGCCGAUACCCGCUGACACUUUUGCCGCGCCGCCUCCUCCCUCGGCAGCCGAGAUGCCGCAACCUGAAUCCGCGCUGACCCCGCCGUCUCCACCCUCCGUGCUACCGUCUCCACCGGCCACGCUGCCGCCUCCAGCCCCAGCCGAGCUGCCACCGCCCCCGACGACCACCGAUCCGUCAUCCACUACGGCUGCGCCGCCACUUGCCAGUCCCGGUCUGCCGAGCCCAGUGUGGGGGGCGACCGGUCCGGCUCAUUCAUAG